AUAUCUCUGCUCACAGAGCUUGCACCACUGUCUUCGCCCCCACUCAUCUCCUCUUCAAAUUCAACCCAAAAAAAAAUUAAAAUUCAUAAAAAAAAGCCAUGGGUAUUGAAUUACAGUCCUUAAAGAGCUUAACCGGCGGCUGGACAGCGGCGGCGCGACGCUGCGACUCAUGCAAAACGGCGGCAGCGGCAGCGUUUUGCAGAGCUGACUCAGCUUUUCUUUGUCUGAGCUGCGACACCAAGAUUCAUUCUGCUAACAAACUUGUGUCUAGACACGAACGUGUCUGGCUAUGUGAAGUAUGUGAACAAGCUCCGGCUGCUGUUACGUGUAAAGCCGACGCGGCGGCUCUUUGUAUCACCUGCGACGCUGAUAUUCACUCUGCUAAUCCGCUUUCCCGGCGACACGAGCGUGUUCCGGUGGAGCCGUUUUAUGAUUCUGCUGAGUCACUCGUUAAAUUAUCUUCGCCGUUUAAUUUCUUGGUUCCUGAGGAAAGUAAUAAUACUCAGAAUAUUAUGGAGGACGUUUCUUGGCUUUUGCCUAAUCCGAAUAAUAUUAACAAUUCGAAAGAUGUAAUGGAGAAUCACCAUGAAAUGAAAUUAGGCCACGGCGGCGGCGGGGAUUUGUUUUUUGCUGAGAUUGAUCCGUUUCUUGAUAUGGAUUUUCACCAGGAUAGCGUUGUUCCGGUACAGAUUAGUAAACCACCGGCUGCUCCGUCGAUUCCGGUCGUUAACAAAGAUAUUUGUUUCGACAUAGAUUUCUGUAGAUCAAAGCUUUCGUCUUUCAACUACCCAACUCAAUCUCUCAGUCAAAGUGUUUCUUCUUCUUCACUUGACGUCGGAGUUGUGCCGGAUGGGAAUUCUCUAUCAGAAAUUUCCUACCCAUUUGGCAGGAACAUGAAUAAUUCCGAUCAGAUAUCCGGUACGAACACAAAUCGGACGGGUGGGAUUGAUCGUGAAGCUAGAGUAUUGAGGUACAGAGAGAAAAGAAAGAAUCGGAAAUUCGAGAAAACUAUUCGUUAUGCCUCUCGCAAAGCAUAUGCCGAAACACGGCCGAGAAUUAAAGGUCGAUUCGCCAAACGAACCGAAACCGAAACGGAUAUGGACCGGUUUUAUAGUUCCGCUACCUCUGCUGUUUCGUACCUCGCCGACGCCCAAUACGGCGUCGUACCAUCAUUUUUGAGAUAAAGGUGAUUAAUUGGAUGAUUAAUGAUGGGAUUACUUUGCUUAAGUUAUUAUUAAUUGGUAUAAUUGCUAGUAGAAAAUAGAAUAAUUGUCAUCUAAGAUGGUUUUAAUUUAUAUUUUCUGUGUAAAUUAUUGUUCUAAUUUUAAUCCUUUGGUGGAUUAGAAGAACUAGAAGUGUUGUUACAAAAAGCCUAUUUGGUAUUUUUUACUAAUCCUAGGGCUUAAUGUGCUAAAUGUAAAAUUUCUCUUGAGUUAAAUCUUUAAUUUCUUGGAUA